AUGGGCCUGAAGAAGAAAUUGCAGGCAGCCCGAUUGACUGCAGAGGAGCGGCGCAGCGCCUCGCAGGGGGCCACGCGCCACGCCGUGAACGGGAUGAUGGCGGGCAUGAUGGCCGGCUCGCUGGCCGGCCUUGCCGUGUUCCCCUUCGCCCCCAUCACCGCCCCCGCUGGGAUGGUGGCGGGCGCCAUAUUGGGGCUGGCCGCGGGUGCGAGCGCGGGCGCGAUCGAGGGCGUGCGGCGCGAGCGGCAGUUCGAUCGCUACGCGGCCAACUACCAGCCCGACGACGAGAACGCAGUCGUGCUCAACGGCCAAGUCGUCGGCUCCCACAACGGCAACGGCCUUUACGAUUCCGGGCGGUUCCCGGGCGAAGGCAGGGUGGUGGGCGAGGCGCCCGAUGACAUUGAUCCCGAGGCCGACCGGCCCAUCUCCGACACCAAACCAUCGGCCACCGCCCGGCGCACCUCCUCCUUCACCUCCGGCUCCACGUCGGCCUCGGCCGCGACGUCGGUUCGCCUGAACCACGCGAGGCCGGCCUAUACGACGACCACCACCUCGACCACCACCUCGACCACCUCGAUUACCGUUUCGAGCGCUGCGGCGGGCGGCCAACAGGCGAACAACCGGGGGCGCGGGGGUGAGGCGGAGACGGAGCCGCUGAUGACGGACAAGCAGCGGCGGCGGGCGACGAAGCAGCUCGAGAAGGAGCUGGCGCGCGAGCAGAAGCUGGCGCGCAAGGAGGAGAAGAAGCAGCGCAAGAAGGCGCGCAAGGAGGAGCAGGCCGAGCGGAAGCUGAAGAAGCAAACCACCGACCACAUCAACGACAACAACAUCAACGACAGCGGCAAGACCACCAACCAGAAAAGCGUGCUCAUGUAA